AUAACAUAUUUGUCUGUGGCUGAACUGGGUUGGUUUUUAAUUUGCUGUGCUCCCAGUCUCAUUUGACAUUUCGGGGAGAUAUUGUAUCUUUUUUUUUUUGUCCUCACCUGUACUUCUAUUUUUUUUGCACCUUUUUUUCUGCUUUCAGAGGCUACUUGGCUCCUGCCCCACCCCCUCUACCUCCAUUUUUGGACGCCACUUUGCAGGAAGAUUAAACCACACAAGCAAUCAAAGCCUUUGGAAGAAUGAGUAGCUACAAUAUUUCUCUGAGUGGGCCGGCCCCAUGGGGCUUCCGAUUGCAGGGAGGCAAGGACUUCAACAUGCCCCUGACCAUCUCCAGGAUCACCCCAGGGAGUAAGGCACAGCAAGGCAACCUGAUCCAGGGUGACAUCAUCGUGGCCAUCGACGGGGUCAGCACUGAAGGCAUGACCCACCUAGAGGCCCAGAACAAGAUCAAGUCUGCCAGCUUCAACCUGGCCCUCACCAUGCAGAAGUCAAAGCGCCCAUUUCCACUUUCCACAUCCACCCAAAGAAUGGAUUCUCCCAUGCAACAGAUCCCUCACCAGAAGGUUAUUUCCAACACUCCUGCCAACAACGAGUAUGUGCCCAGCUUCAACCCCAUUGCGCUGAAGGACACUGCCCUGUCCACCCACAAGCCCAUCGAGGUGAAGGGUCCUGGGGGCAAGGCCACCAUAAUCCAUGCCCAGUACAACACCCCCAUUAGCAUGUACUCCCAGGACGCCAUCAUGGACGCCAUCGCCGGACAGUCCAAGGGCCACGAGGCCGGUUCGCUCCCAGUAAAAGAUGCUCAGGUAGACAGUGCCUCCCCAGUUUAUCAGGCUGUGAUCAAGACUGCAGACAGGGACACGGAGUUGAAUGACUGGGCCCGCAGCUCCUCCCAGGUGCAGUCCAAGUCCUUCCGCCUCCUCGCCCACAUCACGGGAACGGAGUUCAUGCAAGACCCAGAUGUGGAACAUCUGAGGAAAUCAAGGGAAAAGUUUGACACGGAAUUUAAAGGUCCACGUUUUGCCAAAUUGAAAAAUUGGCACAAUGGCCUGUCUGCUCAAAUCCUUAACCUGCCAGAAAAGGCCGUGGUUUAUAGCCCUGUUGAGCAUGCUCCAGUUUCCACCAGCCCCACACAUGUCGCUCUCCCUGCUAGCGCUGCUUCGCCCAAUCAGGCAGCUUCGCCUACUGCUGCUUACCAGUCUCCAGAGCCUGCCCCCGUAGACCCUGAACCCACCCAUGAGAGCCUAUAUGGCCAGGCUCCCCCCAUGCAAAAAGCCCCUCCCAUGUACCAGGGGCAAUCCAUGUACCAGGGGCUUUGUAUGCAGAAGGGACCUCCCAUGAAGCAGGGACCUUCCAUGUACCAGGGGCCUGCUAUGCAGCAGGGACCUCCCGUGUACCAAGGGCCUCCAAUGCACCAGGGACCACCCAUGUACCAGGGCCCCCCCAUGCACCAGGCCCCGCCUAUGCAGCGACAUCCCAUGCAGCAGCCUCCUCCCAUGCAGCAAAGCUCCAUCCAGAUCCCUGUGGGCCCUCCUCCACCCAAGGUGGUCAGCACAGCCUGCAUUGUGCCAGCUCCAGCCCCUGUUCCAACCCCAGCCACAGCCCCAGCCGCCCCUGAACCCCCCUCCAGCAGGCCACCCUGGAUCACAGACAACUCUUUUGCCAACAAGUUUGACCCCAGCAAGAGCACCAGCACCAGCAUGAAAGUGCCCGCUCUACCUCAGAGUGCCCCACCAGCACCGGCCUACAUCCCAAACCCUGGCUCCGCCCACGCCCCUCCCUCCGCCCCAAGCCCUGCCUAUAAUCCCAGCCCCGCCCCCUACAACCCCGCCCCUGCCCCCUUCCCUCCCAUUGCCCGGGGCGUAGCCCAAAGGGCGGAGCGCUUUGCUGCCAACAGCAGCAGAGCACCCCUCUGUGGCGCUUGCAACAACAUGAUCCGGGGACCCUUCCUGGUGGCCUUGGGUCGCUCCUGGCACCCAGAAGAGUUCAACUGUCACUACUGCCACACAUCGCUGGCAGACUGCAGCUUUGUGGAGGAGCAGAACGCAGUGUACUGUGAGAACUGCUAUGGAGAGUUCUUUGCCCCCACCUGUGCACGCUGCAACACCAAGAUCAUGGGGGAGGUGAUGCAUGCUCUGCGGCAGACAUGGCACACCACCUGCUUUGUGUGUGCUGCCUGUGGCAAUGCCUUUGGAAACAGCCUAUUCCACAUGGAGGAUGGGGAGCCUUACUGUGAGAAAGAUUACAUUUCACUUUUCAGCACCAAAUGCCAUGGCUGUGACUUCCCAGUAGAAGCGGGAGACAAGUUCAUUGAAGCACUGGGUCAUACCUGGCACGAUACCUGCUUUGUCUGUGCAGUGUGCCAUGUGAACCUGGAGGGCCAGCCCUUCUACUCCAAGAAAGACAAGCCCCUGUGCAAGAAGCAUGCUCACGCCAUCAACGUGUAAAUGCUCCAUCUGCAGCCUUAUUGGGUGGUGGGCAGGUACUUACGUAGCUAUGCCCAAGCCUUGGCAAUGAGCCCUGUAGAGGGGGCAUUGAUCCCAGUGUUAAUGAUGAAAAAUACAAGCUGAAGAUGGUAGCGGCAAGAUUGACCGUCAGUCGUGACAAAAUAUUAGUUAGGUUUGUGUUUAUUAAUUUCACUGACAAAUGAAUUCUAAUGUAUAUUUUAUAUCAGAGAAUUCUGAUGUAAACCCUUUGCUAUUCCACUGAGUUCCUAGAGGGCCUCAAUCCAGGGAGGUUGGAGCUACAGCCUACAGACACAUGCAGACUGAGUGGAGUAGCAGGGUUCUUCAGUAAAUAAGAUGCCUUAUUUCACAGCAACACUGUGUGCUUUGUUUUGAAUGUAAAACCCCAAAUAGCGAAACACAAAUAGCUUGCAGUGAAUGUAGUAAGACCGUUUUAGGAUUGUAUACACUAGAUUUAACAUGAUAAUGCCUCACACUGUGAACUGUUACAGUAUAUCAUGACACAUGUAAGCCUACUAAUACUGUUGGAUUUCACAGAGCUAUUAUUAUACAUUAUAGUUUAGUAGGUGAUAUUUAUUGCAACUUUGACCGUUAUAUUAUUUAUUUACAUAGAAUAAAAUGAAAGCAUAACAUCCAUGGAUGUUUAUAUUGCUGAUAAAGCAAAAAAAGGUAUAUUGCAUUUUGUUGACAGCUGCAUGAUACAGAGGUUCAUAGUAUUAUAUGAAGUACAUCACUCAAACUUCUUCAUCCUGGAUUCAUUUGAGAUCCAGUCAAAAAACAAUACAAAGAUAGCAAUAUGUUACAUUAUGAUACAGUAGUAACAUACAUCCUUAGGGAUACAGGUAGAAGAUGAGGAAACCUCUAUUUAUGGGGUAGGGAAGUUAGGGGUUUUGGAAUGUGUCUCAUAAACGUGGAAAUCGAGGAAGUACCCUAGAUCUUUUUACAGCAUGUAAGAGAGACGAGCACUGGCCUGGGGUCUUACAAAUACAUUUUACGCAGCAAAAGUCUAUGCAUCCUCUGUAUGAAGCUCUACAAUUAAACAAGAAUUUAUAGGAAAUAUCUGUCAAGGCCAAAAACAGCCAUUCACAAUAAUUUCGCUCUCAUUAGCACACACUUAAAGGUCAGUUGUGACCUUGUGCUUGUGUACAGAUGCUUUACUUUGAGUUUAUUUUGUACAUCUGUGUAUUUUCUGUGUUUGUGUAUGUAUGCAUGCAAGAGUCUGUACAUGAUUGUCAGUGCAUGUCUACUGAGGCAACAUCCGUAUUAGUUACUGUAUGUAUUUGUGCCACUGGAAUAGCAAGGUUUAUUGUGAUUUGACAUAACUCUGAGAACACUAGACUAAGUACUUUUGAUAUGCGUAUGUAUGUAGAUCAACGUGUAAGGAAAGCAUAGUCAGUGCCAGUUCAGAAUAAACCUUACAUGGUACCAUUGAGGGAAAUGAAGGAAGACUUGAAUUGUUGCUAAAUAGUUGUUUAAGCAAAGUUCAGCAUAUUGAAACUAGUUAUAUAGUUUCCAACCACUAGAGUGCAACAGAGUGUUGAAACCAUGCUGGCUACUUGGUAUGCCUCACAUGCUAGUCACUAUUUAUACAUCGUACACUCACUGUAUGUUCCCUUGGCCCCACCCCAGCAAACACUGCAAAGCCAUUUGUCACCCCUGUACACUGAUCAUACGCAACAGCUCAAUGUCAAUAUUUUUUACAGACCCCAUGUGUCAGCCAUAUACUGUAUUGACACUUCCUCCAUAAUCAGAUACAUAAUCUAUAUUGUGAAUUUUGCCAAGAGGAAGAAGACAUAAUGCUUAAUCAAGAUGGGUAGAACUGAAAGUUGAUGAUAAAAUGGCUGUGCAUCCCAGUAAGGCCAUUUUUAGGCAAUGCGAUUUUGUGUUAUCUGGUAUCCGAAAGACCUUGUCAUCAGCCCAAACUGUCAAUAUACAGUACCAGUGAAAAGUUUGGACACACCUACUCAUUCAAGGGUUUUUCUUUAUUUUUACUAUUUUCUACAUUGUAGAAUAAUAGUGAAGACAUCGCAACUAUGAAAUAACACAGUUGGAAUCAUGUAGUAACCAAAAAAAGUGUUAAACAAAUCCAAAUAUAUUUUAUAUUCUUCAAAGUAGCCACCCUUUGCCUUGAUGACAGCUUUGCACACUCUUGGCAUUAUAUCAACCAACUUCAAGAGGAAUGCUUUUCCAACAGUCUUGAAGGAGUUCCCACAUAUGCGGAGCACUUGUUGCCUCCUUUUCCUUAACUCUGCGGUCCAACUCAUCCCACACCACCUCAAUUGGGUUGAGGUCGGGUGAUUGUGGAGGCCAGGUCAUCAGAUGCAGCACUCCAUCACUCUCCUUCUUGGUCAAAUAGCCCAUACACAGCCUGGAGGUGUGUUUUGGGUCAUUGUCCUAAUGAAAAACAAAUGAUAGUCCCAUUAAGCGAAAACCAGAUGGGAUGGCGUAUCGCUGCAGAAUGCUGUGGUAGCCAUGCUGGUUAAUUGUGCCUUUAAUUCUAAAUAAAUAACAGACAGUGUCACCAGCAAAGCACCGCUACACCAUCAAACCUCCUCCUCCAUGCUUCACGGUGGGAACCACACAUGCGGAGAUCAUCCGUCACCUACUCUGCAUCUCACAAAAACAUGGCGGUUGGAACCAAAAAUCUCAAAUUUGGACUCAUCAGACCAAAGGACAGAUUUCCACCGGUCUAAUGUCCAUUGCUUGUGUUUCUUGGCCCAGUCUCCUCUGAACAGUUGAUGUUGAGAUGUGUCUGUUACUUGACCUCAGUGAAGCAUUUAUUUGGACUGCAAUUUCCGAGGCUGGUAACUCUAAUGAACUUAUCCUCUACAGCAGAGGUAUCUCUGGGUCUUCCUUUCCUGUGGUGGUCCUUGUGAGAUCUAGUUUCAUCAUACCGCUUGAUGGUUUUUGCGAUUGCACUUGAAGAAAGUUCUUGAAAUUUUAAUUUCUUAAAGUACUGAUGGACUUUUGUUUCUCUUUGCUUAUUUGAGCUGUUCUUGCUAUAAUAUGGAGUUGGUCUUUUACCAAAUAGGGCUAUCUUCUGUAUACCACCCCUACCUUGUCAUAACAGAACUGAUUGGCUUAAACACAUUAAGAAGGAAAGAAAUUCCACAAAUUAACAAGGCACACCUGUUAAUUUAAAUGCAUUCCAGGUGACUAUCUCAUGAAGCUGGUUGAGAUAAUGCCAAGAGUGUGCAAAGCUGUCAUCAAGGCAAAGGGUAGCUACUUUGAAGAAUCUCAAAUAUAAAAUAUAUUUUGAUUUGUUGAACACUUUUGGUUACUACAUGAUUCCAUAUGUGCUUUUUCAUAAUUUUGAUGUCUUCACUGUUAUUAUAAACGUGGUGGUUUGAGCCCUGAAUGCUGAUUGGCUGACAUCCGUGGUAUAUCAGACUGUAUACCACACACCCUCGGGCCAUAUUGCUGAAUUCUACAAUUUAGAAAAUAGUAAAAAAUAAAGAAAAACCCUUGAAUGAGUAGGUGUGUCCAAACUUUUGACUGAUACUGUAUGUGGUUCCAAUGCUCACUUGUGUAGUCAACAUUGGCAAUAACACUAUAAAACAAUAGUGUAUCACAUAUAUUACAGUUUUAUAUAAUUUCACAGUCCAUUCCCAAAUAUGACCAUAACUUCUCUCUGCUGUUUGUCAUUCAUUCCAUUUAGGUAAGAGGUCUCUCUGGUGCAUCUCUGCCCUCUGUAUAGAGAGACCACUGUAUUAAGAUGAUCCAUUUUAAUGUCAGUUUUAGUUUGCCGAGUGGUCUUUCUGAUUUUGGUUCACAUGUUAUUUCUGUAUUGCUGUAUAUUAAACACUUGUAAGGCUGCAAGAUGUAUAUCCAGUGUGUAAAAGGGAUUGCUUCUUCUUCCAUGUUCUGUGUUUUGAUGGGGGAAAGUAUUUUUCUAGAGUAGUAUUUUUCUUAAAAUAGACAUACUUGGAAUGAUAUAACAACCACUUAAAUCUGAUAAUUUAUUUACUUAUUUACAUUCAUUUGUUUUUGAAGCACUAACUGAAAUAUGGCCUUGAUCUUUGAGUAGUAUGAUUUUAUUUUUUGGGGCUGGACUGUGUUGGGGGAAUAGGAUUGUCAUUUUUCUAUUGUAUAUUAUUAAUAACACAUUACCUUGUUUCAUAUCUUGCUGCAUUUGUACUUAGAACCCUAUCGUCUUUAUAAACAAGGUAUUUUUAUGUGGAACAUUGAUGUAUUUGGAGUGUAAAACCCCAUAUUUCAAAUGUAUCGCCAUGCCUGGCCUGCGAUAACACUAACUAUGCAUCAAAAUAGGAAAAUGUUUUAUGCAUUGCUUUUAGUGAACUGCAUCUGACUGCUAUCAGAACAGAAUUACAUGGAGAAAGGAUAUACAUUGAAGAUUUUAGAUUUGAACAGUAGUCUACUGUGACAUGGUAUAUAUAAUUGUAUGAGAUGAAUCUGUGCGUGUGUGUAUCAAUCUUGGGAAGGAAAUGGGCUUGAUUUCCUCUCUAUUGAGGACAUCCUGAAUGGACUGUGUUAGAGGGAUGGCCUUAAUUUAUGCAUGCUGUGUAUUGAAUACCAUGAUCUUAAUGUCCUGUAUAUUGUUCAGUAAAGACUACCAAUUACAAUUUUUUGUUUUACAACCACGUUUGCCUGUAUUAUGGGAGUCAAUGUUGAAAGGCUGCUGGUAUCUCUAGGACAGGUUGAAUCUUUGAAAUUUGUCAAUAAACAUUUUAUUUCACA